AUGUUUGUCGGCGGUGUUCGAUCUUCCAAGCUGUCGGCCCUGUUGGCCGGCGCCAUCAUCUUCAUCAUUGUCUUUGCCGGCCUCGUCUACAACCAGCUGGACUCGGCUGAAUUGCCCAACAGGACGCAGCCAAAUACAAACUCCGGCUCAGUGCCUCCGCCAUCCGAACCAGUCAAACCUGUCGAGCCGGUGAAGCCCGUCGAACCCGUCGAGCCCGUUGAGCCUGUCAAGCCUGACACCAGCUUCCGCGAUGUCUGGUUCGAGGUCCACAAGCCUUCCAUCAAGCCCGACUCCAAAUUCUACCAGCCUUAUGGCGCCUUCAAGUUCGAUCUCAAGCACGAUAUUCACUUCCCGGAGCCCCUCGGCAAUGAUCUCUGCAUCAUCGACCUCGACAACCGCCCUUUUGAUGCGCCUCACCAGAUCUUUGGACCCGAUGUCAUGAGCUGGGAGAAGAACCCCGAAAAGGUUCACGGCCUGUCUGUCGGCGUGCUCAAUCACUGGCUUUAUGCCAAGAUCCACGGUUACAAGUACUACUUUGUCGCCAUUGAGAAGCCCGAGGACCGUCGCGCAUCUUGGAAGAAGGCCCCCGUCAUCUCCACCAUCCUCAAGCAGCACAAGGUUUGCCUGUAUCUCGACUCCGACGCCAUAUUCCAGAACCUCGACCUCCCCUUCGAGUGGCUUCUGAACUACUGGGACCUGAACCCUAGCAACAACUCCCUCGCCCUGGCCGUCGACCCCAACCGCGAGUACAACAAGGACAAGUUUGGCAAGCUCAUGCUCAACACUGGCUUCAUUGUUGCGCAAAACAACGCCAAGACCUAUGAGAUCAUGGACGCCUGGGCAGGAUGCCCCGAGGAGAACGGCAAGCACCCCGAAUGCGUCGAGUUUCGCACCAACUCGCCCGGCCGACCUACCGACCAGGGCGGUUUCGGCACCUUUAUUCGAUACGAUUUCCCCGAAGACAUCAGGCAGCUCGCUUGCACCGACGCCAACGGUUUCCCUAACAGCGAUUCCGAGUGUGAGGGUCGCUUCAUUCGCCAUUUGUGGACCGGAAAGGACAGCUGGAUCAAGGUCUUUGUCGGCCAGCAGGUUCCUGGAGGCUAUCUCGAACUGUUCCACAAGGAGUUCCUGGACGAAAAGUCUGACUUUUACAUUACUGAGAAAGACCUCAUGGCCAAGUAUCCACCCAAGGAAGAGACUCGGGAGCAGUCCGAGGAGACAUCUCAGAGCCAACCCGAGGAGAAGGCAUGA